UUCUUCAGAAUAACAAAUGACCGAAAGUAUAGUUUCCCUUCUCGUCUCUCCCUCUAAACUAGAACGAGAUAAGGGAAUACUUUUGUUUGAGGAAUUAAUAAAAAGUGAGGAUGAAAAAGUUGUUCUUGUUGAACAGAUGUUAGAUGAUUUAGUGUUGAAAACUGAAUGUACAUGGGAAGAAAAACAUGGUUUUUUACUUGGAAAGAAAAGUUUGGUUGGCUUGAAGAAGAUAAGAAAGGAUGAUCAGUUUGUUGAACAUUGUCAGGUUUCGGCUGUCAAAUACUUGCAGGAUGAGGAGGUUAGGGUUAGAGGAGCUGCAGGAGAACUUUUGGGAGAAUUGUGCAGAUUGCAUGGAGUACAGAUAUACAGAAGGAACAGAGCAAAAAUACUGACUUUGAUUAAGAACAAUCUGGAACGAAACCUAGAUACAGAGAAUGAUGGUGCUGUGAAAGAGAAGGAAGAGGUCGGCAAACUCUUUGAUAAGCUUGCUGGGAUCACACCAAGAGAUGCUGCUCAGGUGUUUCAUGAUACAGCUGGGUGGAAAAAUUUGGAAACUUCAAUGAAGUGUCUGCAGCAUAUGGUGGAAGGUUGCGGAAAAGGAUUUGAAAGUGAGUUCAGUGCAGAACUGUUUAAUCUUCUCAUCACCUGUCUGGAUCACACCAACAGAUUUGUUCGAGAGACAGGGUACUACGUUUGUGCUACCCUGGUUUCUGCGUGUUCUGGUCAGAACACUGAAGACAAUCCAUUGAUAACUCAAGAUGCCAUGAAUGUUGAUGAAAUAGCAGCAGAAGCUCUAGAUGAAGAUCUGUACUCACCCAUACUCAUCUUUGGAAAUAAAUUGAGUAUCCACUUGGCGAAAGGAUUGUCAGAUAACUGGAGUCAAGUAAGGCUAGCUUCAACCACAGCUACAAGAGUGUUCCUUCUCUCUCUAACUCCUGAGCAAAGAAAGCAGUUUUAUCCAAUUUUGUUGCCGCGCCUUUGUCUUAACAGAUACUAUUUAGCUGAAGGAGUCCGUCUCUACUCCCAGCGGACAUGGAGUGAGGUGGUUGGAGCUGAAGGUUGCACACUUGUCAAAGAUUUUCUCAAGGAGGUAGUUGAGUACUACAUAGAGGCUACUCAAGCUGAUAACCAUGCUGUCCGCGAGGCAGCGUGUCAAUGUAUUGCAGAGCUUGCUAAAAAGAUCAAUCUGGAAGCGCUACAGCCAUACGUUCAACAUCUUCUCAGAACAUUGAUCGAGUGCUUCAAAGAUGACUCUUGGCCAGUGAGAGACAUGGCAUGUGUGGCUGCCGGUAGCUUUGUCUGUUGUUAUCCGGAGGAAAGCAAAACCGGUUUGGAUAUUCUUCUCCCGCUGUUCUGGUCAAACAUAGCGGACCCAAUAUCGUCAGUUAGGCAGGGGGCAGCCAUAGCUCUUGCAAACACUAUCAGAGCAUAUGGAUCAGAGAUACUCCCUGACAUAAUUACUAAACUAGAGACAGGUCUGGAGAACUUGACAAGUCAACCUGUAGAAUCUGAGAAAUAUGGAGACUUGGAUACAAGUCCUGCCAACUUCAGUGUCGCUAAGCGGAUCCGUGAUAACGACGUUGAACUACAUGAAGACCAGCAGAUGUAUUCUUGUGGAUCUCUAGCUCCUAAGAUGGGGCGGGGAGGGGGAGGAGGGUGUACUGACUCAAAAUUCAGAAAAGUGUCUGAGCCCUGGGAGCUAGCAGAUGGAUGUGUUCACCUGGUGGGAGAAAUUGCAACUAUAAAAGAAUGCGAAGAAGAAUUGGACAAAUUACUUUCUGCUGUAGCAAGGGUUCAAGAGCACAAGCAUUAUGUUAAUCAUCUUCAUUUAUUCCAAACUGUUUGUGUCAGGUUUGCUGGAAUAGCUAAAGCUGUAAAUAAGAAGAUCCUAAAACCACAUCUAGAGGAAUUUUUUGAUAUUAUUUUCUACAGUUUAGAAAGUGAGAAUGGUUUAGCAGAAUACGCUGCAGAAGAUUGUUUAAAUACACUUUCAACAGUUCUUGGUCCCAAUAUUCUCAGAGGUCGGAUAGAGAACUAUAAUCCGUCCUACCUGUCUAAACUUGACAAUAUACGGGAGCCCAUGGAUGGCCCAGGGAGACCCUUCGGUUCUAGGAAACCUUGUGGAGUCCUCUCGACCUCCCCUUCACGACCCUUCUCUGACGGAGAUAUGAUGGUUGGGAUGGAAUCAGGAGGUGGAGGAGCUAGUAGUCCUAGGUCUAUUCCAGGCUCAGGUCGUUCCUACCAGGCUCCGUUAGGGGGUACUCCGACAUAAAAUGCUUUCAGAGUGAUUGAACUAGACAAAAA